ACACAGGGGAGUGUGAUAGGCUGCUGAGGAGGGGAACUGCAGCACAGUUAGCGGCGCUGUCAGGAAACAGAAGCCCACUCUGAAUGAAUGCAGCUCCCAGAAACAGCUGAACAGGACGCUCCGUCUGUGUGAUUUACCAUGACAACUGAAUCGGGCGCAGACUCUGAGGCCAAACAGCCGCAGGCGAAGAAGGAGGCAGAGAAGGGGAAAAGUAAAGCAGCGGCGGACCCUGCCUCGCCCCAGAACCAGCCGGAGCAGCUCCCAGCUGCAGUUGGACACAGCACCCCGGCCAGGAAAGAACAGGAGCAGCAGGAGGAGGACCAGGAAUCCCACAGGUCGUCCACAAGUCGUCUGUCCAGGUCUCCCCUGAGGGGCGUGAAGAAGGUGAAGAUGAUGCAGUGCAAGAUCGCUCUGCUGGACGGCUCCGACUACUCCGUCAACGUGGAGAAACGAGCCAAAGGCCAAGUGCUCUUUGAUAAGGUGUGUGAACACCUGAACCUGCUGGAGAAGGACUACUUUGGCAUCACAUACAGAGACGUAGAGAGUCAGAAGAACUGGUUGGACCCUUCCAAAGAGCUUAAGAAGCAGAUCCGGAACGGACCCUGGAACUUUUCUUUUAACGUCAAGUUUUACCCGCCGGACCCGUCGCAACUGAGAGAGGACUUAACAAGGUACUACCUGUGUUUGCAGCUGAGGGAUGACGUUGUUUCGGGUCGCCUGCCUUGUUCCUUUGCCACCCACACGCUGCUGGGCUCCUACACGGUGCAGUCUGAACUCGGAGACUACGACCUGGACGAGCUGGGCAGCGACUACAUCAGCGAAAUCCGCUUCGCGCCCAACCAGACCAAAGAGCUGGAGGAGAAGGUCAUGGAGCUCCACAAGACCUACAAGGGGAUGACACCAGCUGAAGCCGAAAUCCACUUCCUGGAAAAUGCCAAAAAGCUGUCGAUGUACGGGGUCGACCUCCAUCACGCUAAGUUGGUAGGGAAUCUCUAUGAGAGCUUGGCUCCAGCUGAGGGAGAGGACUCUGAAGGCGUAGAGAUCAUGCUGGGAGUUUGUGCGAGCGGCCUCCUCAUCUACAGAGACAGGCUGCGGAUCAACAGGUUCGCGUGGCCCAAAAUCCUCAAGAUCUCCUACAAGAGGAACAACUUUUACAUCAAAAUCCGACCCGGCGAGUUUGAGCAGUUUGAAAGUACGAUUGGUUUCAAGCUCCCAAACCAUCGCGCUGCCAAAAGGCUAUGGAAGGUCUGCGUGGAGCACCACACCUUCUUCAGGCUCGUGUCUCCUGAGGCGCCGCCGAAGAAGUUCCUCAGCCUCGGCUCCAAGUUUCGCUACAGCGGCAGAACCCAGGCUCAGACACGGAGGGCCAGCGCGCAGAUCGCCAGGCCGGCGCCGCUGUUUGAGCGCUCCUCCAGCAAACGCUACAACAUGUCCCGCAGCUUAGACGGAGCUCCCAUCACGGAGAACCAUGAGACUCCCGUGAAGGGCAGCGCCGCAGACGGGGCGCCCAAAGUCAUCGCCAAGGAGGACAUCAUCACCACGGUAACGACAGAGAAGAAGGCGGAGGAGGAGAAUGCGGAGCAGGAGGAUGCGCAGGAAGUUGCCGCGGAGACCGCCUCCACGACGCCACUCAGACACGACACGAAGCUCCCCCCCCCUGCGUACGCCAGCGACCCGCUGCGCUCCGAACUUUCCCUCCCAUCGUCCCCCAUCUCCUCGACCAAAGUGCGGCGGCGGCGCAGGGAGAGCGGCCGCAAGCGGGCGUCGUCGGUCAGCCCGGCCAAGAGCGGCGGCGGCUGCCAGCGGCGGCAGGCCCGCGCCGACCGCAAGGCCGCCCUGCUGGAGGAGCAGGCGCUGCUGCUGUCCGCCCGCAAGCAGCGCCUGGAGCAGGGCGGGCGGCGCGGUGCCGGCGGCACGCUUUUCUCCUUCUCCCUGCACCUGCCCGACCUGUCCUCCGUCCUGGACGAGGACGGCUACAUCACCUUCCCCGAUCUGUCCGAGAUGCGCUUCGUCCCAGAGUGCGCGCAGAACUUCCUCCCCAUCAAGUCGCCGUCCCUCAUCCCCUGCUUCCUCUUCAUCUUCUUCUUCCUGCUCACCACUUCCUUCUCAGUCCCCUACGCCCUCACCCUAUCCUUCCCGCUGGCGCUCUGCCUCUGCUACCUGGAGCCCAAGGCAGCCUCCCUGACCGCCUCCAUAGCCCAGGGCUACCAUGACCAUGACAGUUCAGAGGAAGAGGAGACCGACAGCGAACGUACGGACUUUGCCUGUGAUGGAGAGAUGACCGCCACAGAGUCGGAAGCCGAUGAAGACUCCGAGAUGCGGACUCAGGACUCCGAGCCUCCGCCCGAGGUGGUCAAGCACCAGACCAACAUCAGCGAGCUGAAGCGCUCCUUCCUGGAGACCGGUAGCAAUGGCGGCUGCGGCGCUCCGGGUCUGACGGAGUGGGAGAAGAGGCUGUCGUCGUCGCCUCUGCGCUCGCCCAGAUCGGACGAAGCCCCGAUGAUCGAGCCGCUGGAGCUGCAGGACGCGAAAGAUGAGCAGACGAAGCAGGAAGUGGGACCUAAAGACACUGUGGCUGCGGCGGGAUUUCUGGUGAAAUACGUGGCGGAUAGCGUUGUGACAGACGGGGCCAGAUCCUCGGGGCCCCACGGCAUUAGCCUGUCCACCACCAUGGACGACGACGUCUUCGUGGACGGGACCCUGAGGGAGGAGGCGGGGGGCAAAACCCCGGACUCCCAGGAGGAAGAGGAAGAGGCAUCGGACAAGUCAGCGACCAAGGUCAGCCCUGGAGCGGUGAGACAGGAAGUGUCGCAGGCCAUCACCGACAAGAAAGGCACACUCAUCAUCUUUAAGCAGGCGGAGAACAAAGAGGACGAAGAAACAAGCGAAAAAGAAGGACUGGCGGAAACCGACGGCAUCGAGGAGCAGAAACGCCAAGCUUCGCGAAAAGCUGAGAUUAAAAAUGGCGACGUGAGUCAGACUAGAGGCGUCGACUCGCCGAAGAAAGCGAUGGCGUCGUGGAUUUCCGAGGAGAAGGUGGAGAGUUCAGAGUUCGUCGGCGUGUUUACACAGGAAGUGGAGGAGCUGAAGACUUUGGAUGAGCCGCAGCAGAAAGCCGAAGGAAUCCAGCCGAAGUCGAGUCCGACUCACGUUACGGUUUCUGCGUCCUUAGCUGUGUCUGCGCCUGGAUGGGUUUCUCCCUCUCACAAGGCAUCAGCUGACCAGGAGAAGGCGGUAGUCGUUACUGAAAACGAAGCCGAGUCCCCAAAACCAAAGGCUCCUGAUGGAGUGGAGGUCACUGCCAAAGACGUGCCUGUGGUCCACACAGAGACAAAAACCAUCACCUACGAGUCCGCCGAGGUUGACACGAAUGGAGACGCGGACCCUGGGGUGCUGCUGAGCGCUCAGACCAUCACCUCGGAAACCACCAGCACCACCACAACCACGCACAUCACAAAGACGGUGAAAGGAGGAAUCUCAGAGACUCGAAUUGAGAAGCGGAUCGUCAUCACCGGAGAUGCAGACAUUGACCACGACGAGGCUCUGGCUCAGGCCAUAAAGGAAGCCAAAGAGCAGCACCCUGACAUGUCAGUGACCAAAGUAGUGGUGCAUAAAGAGACAGAGAUCACGCCAGAGGAGGGGGAGGACUGACCCAGGAAUAACCGAGCUCUUCUUCCAGCGAUCACAUCUCACCGUCCGGACCGUCUGAAGGCUCCUCCUCUACGGACGCUGCAGCUCGCCGCUCCACUCGCAAACAUCACCUGCAAAACCAACAAACACACUCUGCAUGAGAAGGACGCCAAGCUGCAUCACCAACCACACGGCCUCGUCUGAUUUGUUUUAGUUUUUCUUUUAAUGGUCCUGAAUCCGAAGUAAACCUUCUGCUUCCACUGCCUUAUUACGACUUUGAUGCAUUUUUAUGAUUGCUGAGGAUAAUUACUGUAGCAGCAUUUUAUUUAUGAGAUAAAGCCAUCACUCCAGGAACUUGUAAUUGCUGUAGGUUGUACAUGUUAGAGAGCAAACACUAUUUAACCUCAAUGUAGAAGAAAACAAAGCAUCGCUUCACUCCCACACAAUGAUUUUCCACCUGGUGCCACUGUACAUAUCAGAGCCUCUCCAGCAAAGCCGGCUUACGAUGAUCUUUCUAAGGUUGAUUUGUGUUAUUUGAAUUCGUUUCACUUUAUUGUCUUUUAUUUCUCUUUUUGGUUUUUCCUCCCACUCGAGCUCCACUUUCAGCGAGGAAAACGAAAAACAAAGUGACUUUUUGACGUGCCUGUGCAGGCUGGGAAUGUUUUUUGUUUUGUUUUGUUUUUUCCCAGGGCGGGGUCGAUUGGCCGCAGCACAAGCUCCGCGUCGGCCGGUUGGCGUGGCGACGGCACGGCCGCGGGGCAAAGGGCUCAGACGGCCGAGCUCCGCCCAAAAGAGAUGCAAAGUCCAGAAAGAGAAAUCGGUUAUCCUCCCCUGACAUCCACAGCCUCCAUCUGCUCCUCCAUUUCACCUGCAGCCGCAUUUUCCACAGCGUAGGGGAGGAAAACGGAGACUGACACAUUUGUUGUUAAUUUGCAGUUUACUCCCAAAAUAAUAAAGUGACCACAGUACAGCA